AUGGAUUAAUUUAAUGAGUUCAGAUUUUUAGCAGCCUCAUGUCCCGCUACUACUUUUCCAAUAAUACUUGGAGGGACAAAUGCUGAAACAGCAUUUACUGCUUUUGAUGAUGACAAUGUAGGUAAUAUUGGAAUAGGAGGAUAUACUUAUGAUAGUGGAUUACUGGGAACACCAUUGAAUGAGAUGUAGCCAAUUAUUGCGAUGAUCACUCCAGCAAGCACAUAUUUAUGGUCAAAAGCAAUAUAUUAAGUAGGAUACAUGGUUCUUUCUCUCGAUGGUGUUUUAGGAGUGGCAAUUACUGGAGAUACUAGUGCAGAUGGUAACUUUGCUUAUUUUGGAGGUUAUCUGUUUCAAGGCUCAAUCGAAUAAGCACAUAUUUAAAGAGCUGAUUAUACAAAGUACAAUGUGAACACUGAUACUCUCACUUCUGAUUAUAGUAUAAAUUUACCAACUGAAAUUACUACUGUAACUUAAAUUAGAGGAAUUGAUUCACAAUCAGUAGAGCUGUUAUACCAAGAUGCAUCUGGGCUAGGAUUUAAACUUAUGAAGAUAAAUUUUCAAACUUUAGCUUGCUCAGUUUAAGCAAUCACUAUCUUCGCCUCAAAUACUAAUAACAUCUAUAGUUCAAAAUACUUAAGCAAUUAGGGAGGCUAUGUAUUCGUAGGAGGUUAUGACAACUUUGGAGGAGGACCAACUGGCAUUGCUGAUUAAACUUUUAAUGUCUAGGAAGUUAAGAGACUAAUGAAGUACCUGAUCAAAAAAUAACUAUUGAUCUAAAUCUUGCUUCAAUUCAAAGUAUGGCUGGUACUGCGAGCUAUUAUUCUUUUUCUUACAGUUCAGUAGCCUUUAAUGUAAUAGCCUCGAAUUCUCACCUAGUCAACUUUAACUGGAACAUAUAUGAUUGGUAAUUCAUAAACAUUUACAAUGACUCCAUAUACCAUUGAUUGCGACCUUGCAACUCUGACUUAGGAAAUUAAAUUUGAAUCCUCAUUAUCUAACUCAAUUUUUGGAACUUCAACAAUAUAUUCUAUCGAUAAUAUCAACUAUUAAUUCACUUUGAAUACUGCUGAUACAACUUAUGAUGGCUAUACUAUAAUUUUUUCACUAACUGCUACUGUUUAAGAAACUUGGCAAACCGCAUCCUACAAUUACGAAAUACUUAUUCAACAGUAUACUUGUGAUAAAGUUGUAAUAACUGCUCAAACUAUACCUGAUCUUACAUAUUUUUUAAGCUAUGGAGACGGCUAUGUCAUUGCAGAUAUCUAGUGGCCAUAGACUUAUGAAGCUUUAUGUCCGUAUUCAUCAUAGAUUCUUGUUACAAAAAUCGAAGACGGCUUAACUUAUUAAACAAUAUAAAAAAUUGACAUUUCAAAUCCUACUCACUUUUAAUUCACUUCAAAUGGCUUAAACUCAAUUGGAAAUUAUAGAGUUGAUAUCAAUAUAUACGUUAGCAGUUUAAAUGAUUAUACUACUAAUAGCGGUUUAAAGAGUAGAAAUAUUUAUAGUGAUACAUUCAUGGUUCAAGUAACUGAAGAAUGGAAGGGAUACUGUCUCGGGGAGUAAAAGCUAAACAAAUUAUGCCUUUACUGUUAUACAGAGCUAUUCAGAUUUACCUUUUUUCAGCUAUUUAAACUUGAAAGAUAUGAAACUAGAAAAUUCAAUAUAGACCUAGCUAUUGAUUUAGGUGAGGCUAGUGAAUUUGCAAAAUUUGAGAAUUUUAAUCUUAAAUUUAAUCCUACUUAAAGGAAUGAGUUGAAAUCAUACGAGAUAUAAUACUCAGUAACUAGUCUAAGUGACAACCUCUCAUAUAUUGGUGUAUUAAAAGUAGAUGUAGGUAUUUAUUUCCGCGGUAAUCAAACUAAUCUACCAAGUGAAAAUAUAGAUGUUGGAUCAGAAGGAUCUGUCAAUAACCCAAGGGUAAAAAGGAUAAUCACAGCAAGAAUUAUUUCCAUGAGUUUUAGAGGAAUAGCCACAAUCAGAUUUAAUGAUACACUAGCUUUAAAUCGCGACAAUGUAACUCAUUUUUAUGCCAUCUCUUUCGAUGGUAUAGAUCUGAAACUGCAAUUAGAAUUUUCUUAUCCUGAAGGUGUUUCUUAAUCAUCUGUAAUAUUUUAAACUGAGUCUAAUCUUGUUUUUAGAUAUAAGAUGUCCUUAAGAUUUUCUAUGAAAAUGCUUUGGCGAAUGAUGAAUAUUCUUUAGCUAAUAGUUAACUUGCCUUUAAUGGGAUUCAAUUUACCAUCUAAUGUUGUUUUAUGCUUUACUCAGCUAGUGGGUAUAACAUCACUUUAGUUUGUUGAUAAAGACACUGUUAAAUCUCACUUUUUUAACUAUUUAUCUAGUGGAAAGGAAAGUAAUGAUUAUGAAAUGACUAUCUCAGGACUUGUGUUAAUUGUUAUGUUUAUGAUGCCUUUCUCUACUUACGCAUUUUUAUUGAUGAAUGAAGAGAGGUUAUUUGAAAGAUCAUUCAAAAAGAGAUUUGGGUCACUUUAUCUUGGAAUGAGACAAUAGUGUCCUCAUUUGAUUUUAAAUGCUUCUAUGUUUUACAUGAAGAGAUUAAUAUAUGGACUUUCAGUUGUAUUCUUACUUGAUCUUGACAUCAUCUAAAUUUUAUUCAAUCUUAUAAUUGCUCUUGGUACUUUGACUACUUAAAUCCAUUAUAAGCCUUUGGACUCUAGAUAAGGAAACAAUUUUGAGAUUUUUAAUGAGCUCUAGUAUUUCACAAUCUUGACUUUAAUUUUAGUUCUAGUGGGUGACAUUAUUACUGAUAUAGAAAUGCGUUAUACAAUAGGAUGGAUAAUUGUAAUGAUGGUGAUUAAUUUCAUAAUCCUAAACUGGGGAUAUCUUUUUGUAUUAAUGGCUUUCUCUAUUGUUAAGUACUCAAAGAUUUACUAUAGAAGAUUCCUAAUGAUGAGAGCCAUGAAAAGAAAAGUAAAAAAGAUGUUUGACUAUCAACUUUAGAAUUAAUUUGAGAGUACGUUAAUUCUAAAUCAGCUAAAGAAAAAGUAAGAGUAAAUACCUGCAGUUGACAUACAAGUAAUGGAGUUUUCAUAAUCAAAGCCAUCAAAUGAAAUAGAGCAAGUUGAUGAAGUUAGUUUGACCUUAGAAGAAGAGAAUGACUUGAAUGAAUAAGAAAUGAUAGCAAAGACUGCAUCAGGACAUUUUGAUCAAAGACAAAAUUCGUUAUCUCCAUCCUAGUUAUCUAUGACUCCAAGAAAUCCUAAUAGUAUUGGCACCCAAUUUAGAAAAUCCUAAAGCCCUUAAUAAAUGACAAGUUUAAAAUAUUAAAAAGCAAGGAGUCAUCGAUUGAGCAACAAAAAAUUGACAGAUUCAACUAAAAAUUUUAUGAAAUAGGAAUCAUUACCAAUAUCUGAGAAGCCUAUCUCAAUGUAGAAUGGAAUUUUCGUUUCUUCAAAAACUCAGGCAAAGAGCAAAUAAUUCGGAAUUUCUCUCGUCUAAAAUCAUAUGCAGAGAAAUAACUACAUAGAUACUUUAGGAAGUGAUGAUCAACUUACAGGCAGACAUAAAAAUCAAGAGGAGGAGAAAAUGUCCUACUAGCACUAAUUUUCUUAUUUCAGCAAGGCAAGUAAUGGAAGUAAUAAUGUUUCUCCAGGACUACCUCAUAGAUAGCCAUCAAUUCUAAUGUCUAGUCAGGUAAAUCUGGCACCUGUUUUUAGAGAUGAAAAGAAAACAGAUGAGAAUAGACUAGAUGAACUGAAAAAGAGGCUUGCAAAGUAUAACUUAGAAAAAGUUUGA